AUGGGGGACUUGCCCAAGGAAAGGGCGUCCUACUCGAGACCUUUCACGCACACUGGUGUCGACUUCGCCGGCCCAUUCGAAAUAAAGAAUUACACUGGCCGAGCCUGCCUCAUCACCAAGGGGUAUGUCUGCGUCUUCGUGUGCUUCAGCACGAAGGCGAUCCACUUGGAGGCAACAUCGGAUCUCACGACGGAAAAAUUCCUGGCCGCAUUCUCCCGUUUCAUCGCACGGCGCGUGUGUCCACACCAAAUGUACUCGGACAACGGGAAAACCUUCGUGGGAGCUAACAAGGUGAUCUCCAACGACUUCUUGGAAGCGACGAGGGAGUGCAUCAUCGCACAACACGCCCACAAAAGCCUAUCCUGGCACUUCAACCCGCCGGGCGCCCCGCAUAUGGGUGGAUUAUGGGAAGCCGGCGUAAAGAGUUUUAAGGCACUCUUUUACAAGGCGACAUCCACCUCGAAAUAUACGUUCGAAGAGUUGUCCACUCUUCUCGCUAAGAUCGAAGCCUGCCUGAAUUCGAGGCCGAUUUCCCCUAUGUCCGAGGAUCCGUCGGAUUUACUAGCGCUCACUCCUGGCCAUUUCCUCAUAGGUGGCCCUCUUAUUUCGGUGUUGGAACCACCAAUUAAUCAACCGGCCACCUCCAUCCUCAACCGAUGGCAGCGACUGAAGGCUCUUCACCAACAAUUUUGUUUCCGUUGGAAAGAUGAGUACCUGAAGGAGCUGCACAAACGGACAAAAUGGCAAUCCCCUACCCGGAACCUUCGGAUCGGUGACAUGGUCGUCAUAAAGGAAGACAACCUUCCCUCUAACGAGUGGCGCCUAGGACGGGUGCUGACGACGUGUCCAGGCACCGACGCCAAGGUCCGAGUGGUAGAUGUGCUCACGGCGCGGGGUACCAUCCGAAGACCCGUUGCCAAACUCAUUCUACUCCCGAUGGACAGCAAGACUGACCCCUCCACGUCAGAAGGACUGAAGGACGAAUAA